UCAACGUCAGCCCUAAGGCGAAGUGAACUUUCAAUCAGAAGAACUCCGAGGCCUCUCAUCCCAUCUGCAAUACCAAGCUUCGAAAGUGCACCUAGCGGACCAUGAGAUCCACUAUCAAGAAUAUGGUCUCGGCCACAAUGGAUCAUGAUCUGUGGUCCGAUUCGUGGAGGAGAUACGUGACUGACUACGAGGUAUUUCUGAACUUUAGAGGGAAAGAUAUACGUGGAGGGUUGAUUGACAUCAUACGGUACUUCAUGGAAGCUGCUGGAAUCCGCUGCUUCUAUGAUGAUGACUCAUUGCACACUGGCGAUGUGAUUAGUGAGCAGCUUUUGCGAAGCAUAGAGAGAUCACAUGUCUAUAUAGUCAUGCUCUCGAAGAACUAUGCUGAGAGUAAAUGGUGCCUUCGGGAGCUUGCGCACAUGGUGAAGUGUCAAGCGGUGUCCAAUGGCCGUAAAGUGAUCUUGCCCAUGUUCUGCGAUGUCACUGUUGAGAAUGUCAAGCUUAAAGAGACCUCCUCGUAUAGAGCCACCUUGGAGAACCUAAGCAUCGCGGAAAAGGAUCGGCAGGAGUGGACAGAUGCUCUCAUAAGGGUCGGCCAUAUCAAGGGACUGCACAAGGGCAACACCGGAGAUGUAGAUUUUAGUCAAAUGAUCGUUAAGGACGUUCGGUUCAGACUAAGGAUGAGGUAUCUGAGCUACCAUUUAGUGGGAAUGGAUGAACGGGCAAAAUCUGCGGAGAAGUUGUUAGAUGUUGAGUCUGGUGAUGUUCGGUUCCUAGUAAUCCAUGGAGAACGUGGCACAGGGAAAACAACUCUUGCCAGAUCUCUUUUCCUGCAAUUUUCUACCCGAUUUCAAGGUAGCAGCUUCAUUCCUGAUGUAGGAGAAAUACAGAGGCAUUAUGGUUUUGAAAAUCUAGAGCGCAAACUGCUGAGCGACAUCUGUGGCGAUUAUGGUGAGUCAAGAUCUGUCAAAUUAAGCUUUCGUGACAAGAAAGUUCUCAUAGUACUCGAUGGUGUGGACAAAUGGCAACAAAUCAAGAAACUAGCAGGCAUGUCUACUUGGUUUGGUUCUGGAAGUAGGAUAAUAAUUACGACCUCAAACAGAGAGGUUCUGUCGAUUCAACAUGAAGUAUCAGAAGAACGCAACCUGAACCAAGCAAGAGAAUUUUUUGGUUUCGAGAUGGAGGAGAUGGAGUUUAAUGAAGCAGCUCAAGUCUUUAGCAGGUAUGCUUUUGGGCAAGACUCGCCAUUGGAAACUUUUGAAAACCUGUCCCGCCAAAUUGUCAUCUAUUCUCAAAGGCUGCCUUUGAUCCUUGAGAUCAUGGGUUCUCUUCUUCAUCGCGAGCGAGAUAUGAAAAGAUGGGAACAGAUAAUACAGAGCCUAAAGGAUUCAAAAACAGUAAAGGAGAAGUUGAGGAUAAGUUAUGAUGCAUUGAAGGACAGCGCGAGGAGAGUUUUUCUUGAUAUUGCGUGCUUUUUUGUAAACGCGGAAAAAACUAAACCAACAUACAUGUGGAGAUCUUGUUAUCAUAAUUCCGAGGGAAUUGAGGCUCUUCUUGAAUAUUCAUUGGUAAAAAUUGUUGAUGACAAUAAAUUAUGGAUGCAUGACUAUCUUAGAGAGCUCGGAAGGGAUAUUGUUCGUAAUAAUUAUUGUGAUCCACUUUGGAAGCAUAGCAGAGUGUGGAUACAUGAAGAAGCAUUGGACGUGCUAAAGAAUAAAGAGUUGAACCAGGAGGUUGAAGGGAUUUGCUUAUCGUAUAAGGGGGAACUUACAAAACUUACACGGGAAGAAUUUACAGGCAAGUGCAAGCUAAGGUUCCUUAAAUUGUAUUAUGUGGAAUUUCAUGGAGACUUUACCAAUCGACUUCGAGAGUUAAGAUGGCUUUGUUGGCACAACGGUGGGGAAUUUAGCGCAACCAAUUUUGCAUCAGCGAAUUUGGUUGUUCUCGACCUUGCACAUAGUUCCAUCACAGAUACAUGGGACGGUUGGAAUCAAUUUAAGGAGAAUAACUUGAGAGUUGUUGACCUAAAAUGUUGCGAUAUCUUAACCAAGACACCCCGUUUAUCUCAGUUUGAGAAUCUGGAGAGGUUGAUUAUUGAGGAUUGCACAAGCUUGACUGAAAUAGACCAUUCGAUUGGCGAAUUGAGGCGCCUCAAGUGCUUGAAUAUUAAGGGAUGUGAUUCUCUAGCGAAGUUACCUGAGCAAAUAUGCUCCCUUGAAAUGUUGAGAGAGAUACUAAUCACGAAAAAGGUUUGCAGGCCCUUCAGCUUGCCAGAGUCUAUUGGCUUGCUGAAAUCAUUGACAAUCCUCGAAAUUGUCAGGGUGAGGAUGGCUCAAAUUUCAGAGUCCAUUGGAAGUUUGGAGAACCUUCAGCGCCUGUCUUUACUCGGGUGCUCCGGUUUUGAGAAACUUCCAAAAUCAUUUGGGCAGUUAAAAUCACUGGUUGAGCUGGAUAUAUCAGAGACACAGAUCAUCAGAUUGCCCAAGUCAAUUAGAAUGCUGAAGGAGCUGAAAGUGAUAAAGAUGGAACAUAGUUCAAUAAAGAAGUUGCCACCUACUAUUGGCAAGGUGGAAAAGCUUGAAGAGCUGCAUGCUAAACACAGUAGAGAUUUGCAGGGCGAAGUUCCAGAUGGAAUCGGGAUGUUAUGCCAUUUGAAAAUACUGGACUUGUCACAUACCUCUCUUGGCAGGUUACCAGAAAAUUUAAGCCAGCUCACUCAUCUCCAGAAACUACAGAUACAACCAUGCUGUGACCCUCAAAAUUUGUCACAGCUUCCCCCGAAAUUGACUGAUUUGGGAAUUACAUUCUGGGCACUGUAUCAAGUCUCCAAUCUAUCAGCACUCGGAAGUACUUUGUCCCACUUGGUAAUCGACACCAGGCAUGAUCAUCCACUGAUUGAACGGUACAAUUGGGAAUUGGAUUUUCGGGGAUUGACCAAACUAGAGAAGUUGGAACUGCAUGUUCCAAAUGACCCCAACUUGAAGCCUAAAUUCCAGUUCCCUGAUAGGCUGAAGUCGCUUCAUCUGUCUUGCCAGGACUUGCGCUGCUGCUCGGAGCUCCCAUCCAGUUUAUCUAAGCUGACCCUGACAAAUGUUGUGGUAAAUACGAGAUUGCCACACUUGGACAAUUUGGAAAGGUUGUCAUCCUUAGAGUUGCUCAAUUGCAAGUUAAAUGAUGAUAGUGACUGUGGGGGCACCAUCGAAAUCUGUAGAUUAGCGACAUUGGUGCAUUUGUCCCCAUCAAGUUGCCUCUUUAGCAUUGCCAAUGAACUUCGUCCACCAAAGACUCUGAGAGUGCUGAAUGUAAUUGAAUGUGAAUUCCGCAAUACCGUACUUCACCUUUCAGGCUUGAAGUGUCUAAAGCGACUGGAGAUAUCGUACUGCGAACGACUAGUUGAGGUUAAAGGUCUCGGAGAGUUGGAGUUGUUGGAAGAAUUGAUUAUUCUCGAGUGCCCUUCCUUGGAAAGGUUGGAGGGUGAUAUGUCCAACUCAAAGCGACUAAGGGUGUUCAGACUCAUUGAUAACCAUAAGCUCGGAAAGCUUGAGGGUCUCGAAAGAGUGCGUGCUAGAGAUCUGAAGCGCUUCGAGGCUACGGGUCGCAGUUUGCCUUCAGCCAACAUAUUGAGGCCGAAACACAGCAGACAUCAAGGUUUUGAUUAAUUACAGAGUGGGUAAGGAUCUCUAUUCUGGAGCUAUUUCAGAUGAUAUUACAUGAUUAAUUGGAGCCUAAAACCUCCAACUACAAUGAGCAGUGAGAAACUAGAAACAUUAAGGGGAGCCGAUGGUGAUCAUAAAACUAGUCAUGAUAUCUGGGUGGCGGACCUACUUCUCUGCAUCCUAUGUCCUUCGAGAUUUGCAGCGAUGGGUGACAACAUAGAUUCAGAUUUGUGCUUCAAAGACUUUUUACCGUACCAGAACUUGCUUAUUUACAACUGUCUAGUUUACAGUGAGCCUUUGCAAUUUCGAUA